AUUUCCAGUCCUCGCGUUGCGUGGGGGCAAUUUGGAGCCGCGCACGCCCGCUUCGCUGCGCGACGCCCGCGAGAGCCCGGGGGCGGGGACGCCACUCCCAGCCCGGGCGGGCCGCGCACGCUCACGACGUGGAACUCCGACCUCAGUUUUCUCAUCUGGAAAAUGGGGCCUCGUAAUCCCGUCCUGACUAGACGCGGGGCCGUAGGUGGGGAAGGUUUUGGUGACCCCACGCUCGAGGCCUCUGCAAAAGGGGGUCAUCGAGUGACUCGGAGGAGAGACGGUCAGCGGGGCGUGACCGCAGCAGGGCGCGGGGCUUUUGUUUGGUGGGGGUUUCUUAACUGAGAAACAAUGCUGGCCGGCAGUCAGACGCUCCAAGGAUGCUCAAGGAGGAGGGCGCCCCCUCACCCCCCAGACCCCGGCCCCUGCAAGACGCUCCACCAGUGUGGCUCUCGGGUGUCUAGCCAGGAACUGCUCUGCGUGCACGAGCGAGCUCGGGCGUGCCGCCACGGCCUUCAAAAACCCCGCACACGCCGAGUGACUAACGUGUCUCUCGCUUCCCUCACGCUAGCGGAGGUGCGCCCGCCUGCCCGAGCCCGGGCGCACAGACUUCCGUCGUCUCUUGCGCCCGUCAGGCCCCAGGGAAACAAUGCCCGUCCUCUCCGCGCGCAGGAGGGGUUUGGCAGACACGGCGGCGUCGGGGCGGCAGAACGGGACGAACCCCGCCGCCGGGUCGGGGCUCCACCUUUCGGCUGCGAGGGCCCCGCCUGCCGGGAACGCGCACCUGUCCGGUCUGGGAGCCUACGUGCGUCGCGACACGGCAAGGGGUGGGCCGGGCCCGGGACGCCCCUUCGGCCCUCCCGGAACUAGUCUCCACGGCCGUGGAACCGACCGGGACGGAGAGGGCAGGUCCUCCAGAGCCUUCGAGUCGGGAGCUAGAGUGGCUAGGCCUCCAAGCCGGGUCGAGUCGCCGCAGGCGACGACGGCGUCACGCGAGGGGGCGGGGCCGCCACGGGCGGAGGUCGGAGCCGGAAGCGGAAGAGACGUCCGGAGCGGGGAGUGGGGCCUAGCUGCAGACGGAGCCUGGGAGACUAUGCAUCACUGUAAGCGAUACCGCUCCCCUGAGCCAGACCCAUACCUGAGCUACCGAUGGAAGAGGAGGAGGUCUUACAGUCGGGAGCAUGAAGGGAGACUGCGAUACCCAUCCAGAAGGGAGCCUCCACCCCGGAGAUCUCGGUCCAGAAGCCAUGACCGCCUACCCUAUCAGAGGAGAUACCGGGAGCGUCGUGACAGUGAUACAUACCGGUGUGAAGAGCGGAGCCCAUCCUUCGGAGAGGACUGCUAUGGAUCUUCACGAUCACAUCAUCACCGGCGGUCACGGGAGAGGGGGCUCUACCGGACCCGCAAGCAUGCCCACCACUGCCACAAACGCCGCACCAGGUCUUGUAGCAGCGCCUCCUCGAGAAGCCAACAGAGCAGUAAGCGCAGCAGCCGGAGUGUGGAAGAUGACAAGGAGGGCCACCUGGUGUGCCGGAUCGGCGAUUGGCUCCAAGAGCGAUAUGAGAUCGUGGGGAACCUGGGCGAAGGCACCUUUGGCAAGGUGGUGGAGUGCUUGGACCAUGCCAGAGGGAAGUCUCAGGUUGCCCUGAAGAUCAUCCGCAACGUGGGCAAGUACCGGGAGGCUGCCCGGCUAGAAAUCAAUGUUCUUAAAAAAAUCAAGGAGAAGGACAAAGAGAAUAAGUUCCUGUGCGUCUUGAUGUCUGACUGGUUCAACUUCCACGGUCACAUGUGCAUCGCCUUUGAGCUCCUGGGCAAGAACACGUUUGAGUUCCUGAAGGAGAAUAACUUCCAGCCUUACCCCCUACCACAUGUCCGACAUAUGGCCUAUCAGCUCUGCCACGCCCUUAGAUUUCUACAUGAGAACCAGCUGACCCACACAGACUUGAAGCCAGAGAACAUCCUGUUUGUGAAUUCUGAGUUCGAAACCCUCUACAAUGAGCACAAGAGCUGUGAGGAGAAGUCGGUGAAGAACACCAGUAUCCGAGUGGCUGACUUUGGCAGUGCCACCUUUGACCAUGAGCAUCAUACCACCAUUGUGGCCACCCGUCACUAUCGCCCGCCUGAGGUGAUCCUCGAGCUGGGCUGGGCACAGCCCUGUGACGUCUGGAGCAUCGGCUGCAUUCUGUUUGAGUACUACCGGGGCUUCACACUCUUCCAGACCCAUGAAAACCGAGAGCACUUGGUGAUGAUGGAGAAGAUCCUAGGACCCAUCCCAUCCCACAUGAUCCACCGUACCAGGAAGCAGAAAUAUUUCUACAAAGGGGGCCUGGUUUGGGAUGAGAACAGUUCUGAUGGCCGGUAUGUGAAGGAGAACUGCAAACCUCUGAAGAGUUACAUGCUCCAAGACUCCCUGGAACAUGUGCAGCUAUUUGACCUGAUGAGGCGGAUGUUAGAAUUUGACCCUGCCCAGCGCAUCACACUGGCGGAGGCCCUGCUUCACCCCUUCUUUGCUGGCCUGACCCCUGAGGAGCGGUCCUUCCACACCAGCCGCAACCCAAGCAGAUGACAGGCGCAGGCCACCACACAAAGAGAUGGAGAGCGGGACUGGUCUGCCCAGCCCCUUUUCUCCAACCUCUACCACCGGGCCCCAGGGCCAGAGCCACCCAAUGAACAGUGCAAUGUGAAGGAAGGUGGGAGCCUGCAGGAGAGGAGACAUGGUGCCCAGCUGCCAGAAGCACAGAUUUGACCCAAGCUAUUUAUAUGUUGUAAAGUUAUAAUAAAGUGUUUCUUACUGUUUGUAACCCCUGGUACCAGUGUGUCCAUCUCCAGGCUCCUUGCCUUCUCCCUUCCCUGACCUUAUUAAUAAAGUCUUUCUUAGCAUUU